AGAGAAGAAUGAAAAACGAUUUAUAUUAAAUAAAUAAUGCAUUGAGAGAAAAAAUGGUAAAUACACCGUACGUGUAUGGUUAGGACAUAUCUGGUAAAAGAAAUCAUAAUUCCAGUCUUUAAAUCACUAUUUGAACAAUUCAUUUGAUCAUUUUGCUCUGUUGUUACAGUUAACCAAAAAUUCUUCUUUUCAAAAUUUAUGUCACUCUAUUUAGCAAAAAAUACAAAUGUCAAAAAUAAAAGCAACCCCAAUAAAUGGUUUUUAUGCCAUGCUUGAAAGUAUCACGAUGAAAUGUUCUUCCGAAACAUUUUACCGUUUAUUUCUCAAUUUUUUGUGCUCUGUUACAAAAUACAGUCCGUGGCUAAGAUUCUAUAUGAAAUCAGGUGAUACAGCGCUUUAUUGUUUUUAUGUUUACGUUCGUGUAUUCAUGGGUUAAGUAAAACGAUAUAUUAUAUAAAUAUAGAUUAUUUAUUAUAUCAGGUAUUCUAUUAUAAUAAUUAGACCAAAUUAUGAGACGCUGUUUUAAUAAUGACAUGAUUUGCACGAGUUUAGAUGCAAUACUUCAGGAGAUAUACUCCCGAUUUGUAUUUAUUUUUAGGUAUGGCAGUAUAAUGUUAACCCAUUGAUACAGGAGCCGUGAACAAAUGCAAACAGGUUACAUCUGAGUUAAAACAAUACAGCUGUAUGGAGUAUCACCUGGACUCAAGGUUGGAAUUACAAACUAUACAUUUGCAACUAAGAAAUGAGUCAUCCGCCAUCAAUUCUUAAGCCUGUUUCCCUAACAUUAUUGAGGAAUAUGAGAUUGUAAAAUAGUUAUGGUCAAAUCCAUCGACGACAUGGACAGCAACCAGGCUCCCAUUUCAAAUGUUGCUUGGCCAUCGUUGGAUAACGAGAUACUGACUCCAACUGUUGAACCUUCCCUGCCCCACUCGCCAAAUUCAAACAAGAUUACCGUCCGUCGCAGAAGCAGCUCCAACACUAUGCAUGGCUCCAAAAGACUGGCUAUCGCACAACAAGAUGACCACAACUCCCAAGGAAGCGACAUGACAGAUUCAAGCUCCGACGACACCGCCAAAACGUCUAAGCAGCAGAAAAAAUCCGGUGCCAACAGCAGUCGCCGGAAGCGAAACACUCUGAGUGCUCGUGAGCGCAAUUUGCGCAGGCUAGAGAGCAACGAACGAGAACGAAUGCGCAUGCACAGUCUGAACGAUGCUUUUCAAGCUCUCAGAGAAGUUAUUCCCCAUGUGUCCAGGGAACGAAAACUCUCCAAGAUAGAAACCCUUACUCUGGCCAAAAACUAUAUCAUGGCUCUCACCAAUGUUAUAUGCGACAUGCGCGGUGAACAACUUCCUUACAAGCUCCUCAUCAAUGAAACAGGUGAUUCGAUGAGUCCUGACGAAGGGGAAGCUCAUAAAGUCACAUUUCUCAAUUCGGAUGAUCCGCUGACCGACCCUUUGAGCAACCAAUCCGAUAACACAGCUGCGUCACUUUAACUGUAACUGGAAGGUAUGCUUUUGCAUGUUUCUGAAGGCUACUCUCCAACGCAGGGAUCAACACUUUCUUAUUUUUAAAACAAACAAACAAAAAAUAUAAUAAUAGCGUCUAGCUCUGUUAAUAGUCCAGAAAAAAAAAGCCUGAACUUAAUUUAUUUGCCAUUUGGGAUCAAAACUCAUUCUAGUACUAACAUUCCUGUGUGUGUAUGUUAACUUGCAUUGUUUGCUUCCAUCAUCUCGAACCCAGCUUUUUUGGAACUAUUUUCAUGCCGAGUCAUUCCUAAGGAAACAUUCUCAUUGCAUCAAAAUGUUCGCUCAGGAUGGUACAAAAACUCUCUAUACAGGAUGAUUCAGUACAGCGGCUAAUAAACUAGGCUGUUAGGGAGGCUUUCCUUUUUGAUGUAUUUAUCUAAAUGACCUCAUAUUUUUGAACAAUUAUUGUCGACUACUAUAAAACAGCUGUUUUUUUAGCCUAACUGAAUGCAAAGUUCGCUUGCUAAUAGUUAUUAAAAUCCAAAAAUUUAAGGUAAUUUAGAUAAAAGUACCAUUGCACGAAAGGACACAUCUGCAGUCCCUGACCCAAUUAUUAGAUGUACUAUAAGAUUCUAUGCAAAAUCUUAAUGAUCAGGUGAUACUAUACAGCUUUAUUCUUUUUAAGCGGUUUGCGGAUGUUCAUGUAUCAAUAGGCAAAAUUAGACGAUAUAUAAUGUAAAUUACACGAUUGGAUAAAUGAGACGAUAUAUUAUGUAAAUAUAGAGUAAUUAUUAUUAUAUCAGGUAUUAUAUUAGUCUAUUAUAAUAAUGAGAUCAAAUGAUGAAACGCAUUGUAGUGUCUUAAUAAUGGCAUGAUUUGCACGAGUUUAUAGGCAAUAGUUUUAUAUUUAAACAUACAAGUAAUGGGUUUUUAUUCAGGAGAUUUUUUAUAUACUUCCCAUUUGUAUUUCUUUUUAUAGUAUUGCAUAACAAUGUAAACCCAUUGAUGCAGGAGCUUAAACAAGUGCAAACCGGUUUCAUCUGUGUAAGAACAAUAAAACUGUAUAGUAUGACCUGAUAAUUAAGAUUUACAUAAAAUCUUAUUGUGCGUCUAAUAGUAUGGCCUGGGGCUGUAUCUCCAGCGAAGUACAAUGCUUCUGAUUCCGCCACUGCUGCACUGAAUAACCCUGUAUGAAAACCAUUUUAAAUAACAUAGUAAAGUAUCUGCAUUUAAUGUCUCAUUAUGUUUUCAUUCCCUUUAUUUAAAACGGCUGUCAGAUAUGCUGCCAUACUUCAUAGACCGGAUCAGACAAUCGAGUCUCAUUUUUUUCUAUGCAUUAGAUGGGAUUCGAUUUAAAGAUUUUAGUUAGAACUGAAAGCAAUUAUGGUCACUGAAGGGUAUCAGUAAGAACAUAUCUGAACAGGGCAACGAACCAAAUCAGUUUGGGACAUUGCCAUCGAAUUUUUGUGAUCCUUUGAAUGAAAUUUGAUUUAGAGAUUUUAGUAAGAACUGAACGUAUUUUAGGCAGUAUCUGUAAGAAGAAAACUGACAUUUUGACCAGUCCAGUAAGUUUAGCACAUUGCAAUCGAAACCCAUUUUUCUAAUACUAUAUCCUGAAAAUAAGAUUCGAUUUAGAGAUUUUAGCUCGAACAAUUUAUGCAGUAAAGGGUAUCAGUUUGAAGUAUACAAACCUUUUGAACAAAACACGAGUGAAACAAAUUAUAAGUUUAAGACUUAAGUUUUGAAUCUAAUUCCGAUUUCUCUAUAGUAUAUCCUGAAAAUGGGAUUCGAUUUAGGGAUUUUAGCAAAAACAAAACACAGCUUAUAAAGUAAAAGGUAUCAAUUAGGUGAAAACAGAAUUUUUUGAACAAGACUCGAGUCACAUAAAGCUUAAAACAUUGCAAUAGAAUCGCAUUUUCGUAAUAGUAUAUCCUGAAAAUGGGAUUCGAUUUAAAGAAACGGAGGCACUCAAAAGGUAUGAACAAAAAACAGAAUACGAAAAUCUGUUUUAUUCUCUAUUCUUAAUUAUUGCCUAGACAAUAGCAUAGACUCGCAUCCAAUAACAGCUAAUAGUUUUCGUUAAAGAAAAUAUAUUCUUCUUUGUCUGAACAUGCCUGAGACGAUUUAUCAAGAUAGAUGACAAGAAUAUAAUGCAAUUUGUUCCACCAGUUUUGCUUCCGAAGAAGAACACUUGUUUUUGCACCAUCCUGUAGCUUUUGUUGAAUAUACGUGUGUGUGUGUCAUCUACUAACAUUCUCCUUUUUAUAAAAUGUUGUGUUACUUUUAAAAUGCCUUAACGAUAGUGCGCUUAAAAUAUCAUUAAAAAAAACAAAGCAGUUAUUAUAA